AUGGAUCUUGAAAAAGAGGUUACAAUCCAGGUGAAUCUCAUGGAGCCGAAGGAGAUCGAUCUUAGGAAGAAGACAAAACAAAAGAAAAGGAGGCAAAGGACGGACGAGUAUGACUACAACGACCCGUUCAUAGAGCCCUUUGAGGGAGAGACGGAGAUGGUGAUGAUAGAAUGCAACCUCGAGGAUUUCUUUGUGUACAAGGGAGAGCUGCCAUAUAGUGCCAAGAAGGUGCUGAGCGUGCACAAGGCAAAAGAAAAAUCCAGGCUUGCAAAGAGCUCAAACACAGACUCUUGUCCUCAGGAGGCCGGUGGAAAAAAAGAGGGGACAGGGGGCUCGGCAGUCUCAGAGACACCUACAAAGAGGAGACGUGGUAAGAUCCCAAAGAGCGACACCAAAAUCUGUGACUGCCUUGCUGGCCUCAUCAAGUCCGAGGUCGACAGGCUAGAGCUGUCGAUUCAGUCCGAAAGCACCGAGGUGGAACGCUAUGUACAUCUGAUGAUCCUUGAAACAUUUCAGCAGGAAAGGGGAAUUGAGUUCUGGCAUAUUGCAGGUCCUAAAGCCACCAAGAGGCCAUCGGAUGAAGAAAUGGCGAGAUGCCUAAGAGAGAAGGAGUCAAGAAUGGAUGUUCUAUUCGAUGCAAUCGCUAGGGAGAUCCGGAACUAUGACCUUUACUCAGAUGACCUCUCUCUGUUCAAAGGCUUCCAGAAAGAAGACUUCCUAUUUAACGCAUGCGAGUACUUUCUACUUUUUAUUAAGAUUUCGUUUCUCAGCCAGAAAGAUAUGUCGUUUAAUAGAGCAAGGAAAGAGGCCUAUGGCAACAUUCUUGCUCUUUUUCCCGACACAUGCAGAAACUCAACGCAGGCCCAGUACUACCUUGCAAAGCACAUCUCGCAAACCUGUGGAAUCAGAGGCCUUGGAGCGCCCAGCAGUGGGAGGCAUGAGGGGGAGAAUGCAGAGGACGAUGUGUCCUCAAACUUGGAAAGAAUGGAAUAA